GAAUCCCAUUUAGAAAUACUGGAGAGGCUACAUUUAUGCAUAAUCAUAAAUGUGAAUAUUGUGUUAACGUGUAAAUAUAGUGGAAGUAAACACACUGCUGUUCAGUUUCUACGGUCCCUUCAAGCCCAAAACAACAUGGCAAGGUAAAUUCUUCCAUCCGGACACGCAGCCAAUCGGUCAGCCGAGCAACAAAAUCCUUAGGCGGGAACGUGGUGUAGGUAAAUAACACAGUGGUUAACGAUAAAUAACGCGAUGGGAUCCCGAGCAGCAGAACCGUUUUCUGAAAUCGAUCGACUCCGAGCUCAGCUGCUGAACAAUGGCGAAGUCCUGACAGAUGGCCGGCGUGUGGAAGAAGAAAUCAGCGGGUAAAUUCACACUCACCUGCUCCAGCUGCAAGAGCAGGGAAAUUUUGACCCGUAUUGAGAACAUAAUCCUAGGAAUAGUGACCAGUCUGUCAAAAGAUGAGGCUCCUGUCCUGGCACUGCCCAACAGAUCCAGCUGGGCCAACGUUAGUUUUGACAGUGCCAUCGGGCUUCAGAUGAGUUCAGGAAGUUCUGUCAGCACCAUUAGGAGCGACUGUCCUUCAUCUGUCACUAAGUUUGCGCAAAUUCUGAAGAUUCUCUCAGUCAUCUUCAGACUUGUGCAGAGCAACUCAUAUGCUACGAAAAGAGACAUUUAUUACAACAAUACACAGCUGUUUGGUUCACAGACAACUGUUGACAGUAUUGUGGAUGAUAUCUCCUGCAUGCUAAAAGUUCCCCGCAGAUCACUUCAUGUGUUUGCCUCGUCCAAGGGAUUAAUCGCAGGUGAUCUGCGUUACAUGGAGGAGGAUGGUACAAGGAUUGACUGCCACUCCAGCUCCGCUGCUGUUGCAGUUUCGUCAAACAUUGGUGGGAUUAGAAAUAUUGUAUCAUCUGCAAAAUUUGUCAUGAUAGUCGAGAAGGACGCAACUUUCCAGAGACUGCUGGAUGAUGAUUUCUGCACAAAGCUCUGUCCUUGCAUCAUAAUCACAGGUAAAGGCGUGCCAGAUGUGAACAGCAGGUUGAUGGUGAGGAAGCUUUGGGACACGCUGCACAUCCCCAUCUUUGCUCUUGUGGAUGCUGACCCUCACGGCAUUGAGAUCAUGUGCAUCUACAAGUACGGAUCAGUGGCCAUGUCGUUUGAGGCCCGCAGCCUGACCGUCCCCAGCGUUAUGUGGCUAGGCCUCCUCCCCUCUGACCUCCAGAGGUUGCGGGUUCCCGAGGAUGCCCUGAUCCCCCUCACCAAGAGAGAUGAAAGCAAACUCAGUAGCCUCCUUAAAAGGCCGUACUUAACCAGCCAACCAGACUGGCAGAAAGAGAUGGAACUGAUGCAGCAGACUAGGGUCAAGGCUGAAAUACAGUCCUUGGCAGCCAUGGCUCCCGAUUUCCUCACCAGCAUUUACCUGCCCAACAAGCUGCAUUAUGGAGGCUGGGUAUGAGCACAAUGCUGCCACCUAGUGAAAGUAAAAAUGAACUGCUGAAGCAUGUUGCAAAACUAAAGAAAGAUCCUCUAUGUAAAAAUGUCUUAUCUAACCUUUUCAGAAAAAAAAAUUAAAAAUUCAUUUGCAUUUGUUUAGUUUGUAAUGUUUGCAUGUUUUUCAAUGGGGGUGUGUUUGUCUUCUAACUAUAUCAUUAA